AGUUCCGUUCCUUCCUUUUCUACUCUCUGCAACUUCACUACAAAACCACAACAACAAGCGUUGUUCAUUUCUCAAGCGCAUCAUUCACCAUCUCCUAUAUCGAACACAAAACCAAAAUGUACAGCCACGACCACGUACCCGUUCACCAUGUCCCAGGUCCGAACCCGAGACCCAUGAAGCGCCACCACACCGCCCGGUACUACGUCCAUCGUGUCCGUGACAGCCUCACCACCCGGGUCUCCAAGGUCAUCUGCGCCACCUUCUUGGGCCUCCUAGCCAUUAUUGGGCUCAUCACUUUCAUCCUCUGGCUCAGCCUCAGGCCCCACCGGCCCAGGUUCUUUAUCCACCAGUUCACCAUCCCGGGUCUGGCCCAAGAAUCCGGUUUCGAAAAUGCCCAGAUCACCUUCAACGUGACCGCCCGAAACUCCAACCAGAACAUCGGGGUUUACUACGAGUCCAUGGGCGGGUCGGUUUAUUACCAUGACCAGAAAAUCGGGUCGACGCCGUUACCUUUUCCGUUUUACCAGGGGCCCAAGAACACGAAAGAGGUGGAUGGCGUUCUCGGUGGUGCCACGUUGACCGUUAGUAGCCAGAGUUGGGCAGAGUUCCAGAGCGAUAGGGCUGAUGGUAGCGUGGUGUUCCGGUUGGAAUUGACGUCCGUGAUCAGAUUCAAGAUUUCCACGUGGAACAGCAGGCGUCACACGAUGCACGCCAACUGUGAAGUGGGCGUGGGACCCGAUGGCUCCCUCUUAUCCAAUUACAAGGACAAGAGGUGCCCCGUCUACUUCUCUUGAGAACGCUGCUUGGCACGUCACAUGGACAUGGCCUUGUAAUUUCACUAUUUUGUUU